GUUGCUAUAGUUUCUUUUUGUGUACGUCAAUGAUAAUUCUUAUUCCAAGCCUGAACCUUGUCAAUGAAAGACUGUCGCCGCUUUUUCCAGACAAAAUGUCUCAUAACCGAAGAAACGGUGGGCCCAGGCCCACAGGAUGCACUAAAGCCUCAAAGAUCCGGGAGUUAAUGUCGGCCUUGGAUUAUGCUAAUCGUGCUAUCCGAAGCUUGAAUAACGAACUCAGAAAACUUGGGGCUAAAAAUGAUACCUUGGAAUAUGAUCUACAAGACGGGAAUCGGCUCCUAACAGAAGAGCAAAGGAAUGCAGAGCUCUUUCUCAAGAAGCAGGAUAAAGGCAAGAUGCUGGCCAAGCUCCAAGAACUGAAGUUACAGAAAGUCUUCAUACAGCAUUUACUGAAAGCCAUGUUAGAGAAGGUCCUGUCUGCAUCGGCCCCAGCUCUUGCCGUAAGAGAAGAGAAAAACCUCCAGUCCUUCAGUGAUGGGCUACAGGAAGAAAAGGAGAAGUUUGCGGCACAAAUUGCAGAGCAGGCAAAAAACAAUGCCGCAAAAGACGCACUUCUCGCGGUACUGAAGGGAGAAAUUAAACAGGCGAAGAUUCGUUCACACGCAUGCACCGCCGAGAGCCAGACUUGCUCUCCAUCUACAACAAGCGUGGAGAGUGGAUGCACUACUGAAUGCGCCGAGGCUGACGUCCAGGCCACUAGUGAAGUGACAGUGGUGUCAGUUGAGACACAAACGGAUGUUGUACCAGAGAGACGCCCAAACCGUGCAAUUCGUGCAUGGCAAAGCUUCCGUGAGCACCUUCGUGACCUGCGCAACCGCCUUCUCCACGGAUCUGAUACAUCUUAAACGGCCUUCAGUGGUAGCUAGCACACCUUGAGAUACACCCUACAGCAACUAUUCUACUCCACACUGCUCCUCAGUGUGCUAGCUACCACAACAAGCAUACCAUCAGUGAGUGCAACACCCUUAAAAAUCCAAGACAUCCGUGUGUUAUACAGGAGAUGGCCUGUGUCGCUGUAGGAUGUGAUAAAUUGAUGAAUUUUGAAUAAUUUUUAUCUGCAAUAAUGUAUUUUUGAAAGCAUAUUUUUUUAGACUUGAUUAAGAAAAUAAUGAAUUGUAAAUGUGCGAUGGUCCGUAGAGACUAAGUAAAAAUCAGUUUGUUCUAACUGAGGACAUCUAACACAUGACAGAUGUCCUGCUAGGACCCCGGUGAGGGGUAGGGGCGGGAAGGUAUUCCGCGUAACCACGUAUUUUACACGUGGGCCCAAAUAUACAGGGUAUUAGCAGGAGCACAAACAUCAUGUGCUAGAUGUCCUAAUUGAAAAAUAAAACAUUAAAAUACUA